GCUAAUGUGUGCAUGGGUGCUAAACUUAGAAUAGAACGUCAACCAUAUGGAAUAUAUCUCUAAAAACGGAAUUUAAUCACGAAUCUCUCUCUGCAGUAGGACAGAAUGCUCCGCAGAUCCAGGAUCAGUGUUCGGCCCAACGUCAGGCCAGCAGGCAGAGGCCCAGCAGCCCCAGCCUCCUCCCAGGACACUCCUCCAUCGACCCAGGCCUCCGAGGCCCCUUCCCAGGCAGGGGGUCAGGAGGUGGACACCGCCACUACUGCAGUGCUAGAAACCUCCACAGAGUCCACCACACCCAGAGAGAAUGAAAAAGACCCAAGUGGCGAGGCUUCCAGUGGCACCCCCUCAGCCAGUAUUCAAAGGAGGAAGAGGUUCUCUGUCAUGCCAAACCUUGCCACACCCCGGGCGGCCGGAAAUCUGUCCCUCACCCGCUCCUCCCCCCGGACCUCCAAGUCCCCUGUGAGAGCGGGCACUGAGACCCCAGCCCCUGAGGCUCCAAAGGCCCCAAGCCAGACAGAUGCUGGACCCUCACAGGGCAUGAGAUCCCCAAGGCGGAGGCCCUCUGGAGGUAGUAGGCAGGCCAAAGUACAACCCAAACCCAGCCCCCUGUCCCCAUCUUCCCCAGCCCCUGAGACAACAACCCCCUCUCUGGGGAAGCAGGCAGUGGAGGACUCAUCCCUGUCACAACAGACCCUGCAGGCAGCAGACAAGGAGGAAACAUCCUCACAGGUCACCAAACAAGACAAAGGCAGCAUCCAAUCAGAUCUCUCAAAAAAAACACCAGCCACUAAAGCUCUAUCCAAUCCAUCAGAGAAUUUCCCAUCAUCCUCCCUUCCACGCAAAGAGGGUAUCUCAGUAUCGGAGAGAGCUAAGACUCUGGCCGCCAGGUCUAUGUCUGUUUGGCUCACCGGGUUGGCACCAGGGAAGUCCAGGCUUAGCAGGUUCCUGAAUGACCCAACGGACCUGCAGAGGCUGGCCAAGGCCCGGAAGCUCAGAGAACUGCUGAGACAAGAGAUGAACAAGGAGAAGAAACUGAGGAAAGCCAAGGUGUGUUGGAGUGAAUACACACUGGAUCCCUCUAAAAUGACCAUGAGAGACCUCCUAUACUACCUGCCUGAUACCAACCCCAUGACGUCCUAUCUGGAAGAGGAACCAAGGGAGAAGGAGAUUGUUCUGCCACUCACCCCACCAAGAGAAGAGUCCCCUGAGAGGCCCCCAACGCCAGAGGCUCCGGCUGAGACAGCAAGCCAGAGGGAUGAAGAGGAUGAUGAAGAGGAGGAUGAGGACGCUGACGAUGGGGUGAUUGUGCCACGGGUGAAGGUGGCAGAGGACGGGUCUCUGAUCAUCGAUGAGGAGAGUUUGACGGUGGAGGUCCUGAGGCAGAAAGGGCCCAAUCCAGCUGAUGAUGGGGACCCAAUCUUUGAGCGUGGCUCCACAACCACCUACUCUAGCUUUAGGAAAGGGACACACAUCAAACCCUGGUCCAACAAAGAGACUGACAUGUUCUUCCUGGCCAUCAAUAUGGUGGGAACAGACUUCUCUAUCAUUGGACAGCUGUUUCCUCACCGCGGUCGCACUGAGAUCAAGAACAAGUUCAAGAAAGAGGAGAGAGCAAACAGCUGGAGGAUAGACAAGGCCUUCAAGGAGAAGCGUAGGCUGGAUCUGGAGUUCUUCACUAGCCUCCUGGAGAAGAUCUUGGCCGUCGAGGCGAAGAGGAACAAGAAGAACAAGUCCCCCACGGAGAAGAAAGUGAUCAAGAAAAAGAAGAUGAAACCAAAAGAAAAUAAAGCAGCGAAUCAGCUGAGUGACGUGGAGGAGGAGGGGUCAGAUGCGGAGAUGUACAGAGACGAGGUGGAGGGAGAGAAGGAGAACGUCUCUAACGAAGGGACCACACCUGCCGCUGACGCCACCACCCCCAAGAGAAAACGCAAAAGGAAGGAUGGAGGAGGAGAGUCCUCCCCUGAAAAAGCAAAGGAUGGAAAGAAAAAGAAGAGUGAUCAAGAAGAGGCUGGAGUGCCUGAAGACUGUGAGGCUGGGGCUCCUGAAGGUGAAGUACCUGAGGACCAGUCACCUGCUGAAAGUUCAAAGCGAGCAGAAGGGCCAGUGGAAGGAGCCAAGGGUCAUGUGGAGAUAAAACCAGCCCAGCUGUCCCAUGGUCGACCCCAGAGACCCCUCCCUAUCCUGGGGAGGAAGUGGGGCCAAGCCAAGCCUAAAGAGAAGGAGAAGGAGAACACUGAAGAAGGGGUUUCUAAGGAACAGGUUGAUAAAGAUGCUUCGUCUAAAGUCAGCAAAAAGAAGAAGAAAGCUGGUGAUGUCUUUUCAUCUGAGGGAGAGGAGAAAGAAGCCAACGAUGAACCCAUUAAACCCACCAGAAUACCCCAAAAGACACAGCUCCUGAAUUACCCUGCAAAGGAGGAGGGGGACUCGCCCUCUGACUCUGCCCCCGCUCCUGCCUCAGACGGAUCCCCAUCCACUUUCUCCUCCUCCACCAAGCCGAAAGCCAAACCACCAACCAGAAGGGCCAGAAUCAAACCUGGCCCCGCCCUGCCAGGUAGGAAGGGCCAAUCAGCGGCCCGGAAACCCAAGCUGAUAACCCUGAGGGCAUCCCAGUUUGAAGAUGAAGGUGAUGAUGAUGAUGAGGAGGGAGUCAGAGAACAGAGAGAGGAGGCGCAGGCCGAGGAGGACCACCACAAUCCCACAAGUCCCGGGGAGGAGAACCAGGCGCCAGCGUUUGUUCCUAUGAGCCUUCGCUUGCCACAACCCGUCGCCACAGAGGUUGAGGAGACCAUGGAGGAGCUUGAUAUCUCCGUUAACCUGCCUGAUGUCCUGGCUAUUUCCCAGGAUGCAUUCUGUCCUGACUUGUCAUGCGAUCAGGCGCAGGGUGAAAUGGGCACGGUGCCAUGUGAACAUCAGUUAGACCUGUUAGUAGAUGUGAACGACUUCCUGUCUCCAGAUAACAUGGAAGUAUCUGAGGAGAGCUACAACGAGGCAGCUAGAACCUUACUGGCCAUCAGCAACCUCACCCACCUGUCUCAGGCUGCUGAGGCCUUUACUGCAGGAGCAGAUUAUUUCAUCACUGAAGAAUGUUCCAAUGAGGAACAACCGUACCAAAUGUCACCACAGCCCACUGACCAAUCACAAACUAGCACCACUCCUUCUGAAUCUCUGACCCCUGACCUUUGGGUCACUGAGGCAUCACAGACCGCUGAGGAUUCUGUCCCUGUUGCCACGUCAACAGCCUCUCUCCCAGUCUCCAAGAUAUCAGCCUAUGUUGCAGUCACUAUGACAACAACCACAUCUGUCCCAGUCACCACGACGACAAAAACAGCCUCUGUCCCAAUUACCAUGACAACAGACUCUGUCCUAGUCACCACGACAACAGCCUCUGUCCCUGUCACCACGACGACAGCCUCUGUCCCAGUCACCACGACAACCGCUUGUAUUCCAGUCACCACGACAACCGCCUCUGUCCCAGUCACCACGACAACAUCCUUUGUCCCAGUCACCACGACAACAUCCCCUGUCCCAGUCACCACAACAACAUCCUCUGUCCCAGUCACCACGACAACAUCCUCUGUCCCAGUCACCAUGACAACAGCCUCUGUCCCAGUCACCACGACAACAGCCUCUGUCCGAGUCACCACGAACACAGCCUCUGCCCAAGUGCCUCAGAGCAGUGAGGCAACUCAGGAAACCACACCCACAGAGGAGGAGUCCCUCAGACAGUGGGAGGGAAUGGUUAUUGGACACGCCUCUCAUGUGGAAUCAUGUUCAGAGGUGUCCAAGCAGCAGACGACCUCACAGACCAGGAGGAGCCACUUCCCUAAGGUCAAACCCAACCUGGGCCGGGCUGCCAGGACCACACAACCCAAACCAACACGUCCUAUAGAAAAUACUACCACACAACCCAAACCAACACGUCCUAUAGAAAAUACUACCACACAACCCAAACCAACACGUCCUAUAGAAAAUACUACCACACAACCCAAACCAACACGUCCUAUAGAAAAUACUACCACACAACCCAAACCAACACGUCCUAUAGAAAAUACUACCACACAACCCAAACCAACACGUCCUAUAGAAAAUACUACCACACAACCCAAACCAACACGUCCUAUAGAAAAUACUACCACACAACACAAACCAACACGUCCUAUAGAAAAUACUACCACACAACCCAAACCAACACGUCCUAUAGAAAAUACUACCACACAACCCAAACCAACACGUCCUAUAGAAAAUACUACCACACAACCCAAACCAACACGUCCUAUAGAAAAUACUACCACACAACCCAAACCAACACGUCCUAUAGAAAAUACUACCACACAACCCAAACCAACACGUCCUAUAGAAAAUACUGCCACACAGGCCAAACCACCACAGUAUACCAUCACACAAUCAGAACCACCACCACAGCCUAUGCUGAAUAUCACCGCAACCUCAGAACCACAGCCUACCAAGAAUAUCACCACAGAACCACCACUGCCUACCGAGAGUAUUACCACAGAGUCAGAACCACAGCCCAAACAGAGAAGUACCACACAUGCCAAGCCACAGCCCACUGCAAAUAUCAUCACAUACAGAGAACCACAGACCAUUCAGAGGACCAGAGUAGCCCAUUCAAAGCCACAGUGUACACAAAAUAUUACUACGCUCACAGAACCACCCCAGCCCACACUAGAUACCACCACACAGUCAGAACCACCCCAGCCCACACUAGAUACCACCACACAGUCAGAACCACCCCAGCCCACAGUAGAUACCACCACACAGUCAGAACCACCCCAGCCCACACUAAAUACCAUCACAAACACACUCUCAGAACCACAGUCCGGCCCAAGUCUUGAGCAGCCAGGCCCAGGUACACGCAGACCCAGAGCCCCGGUCCCAGAGUCACCUCUGAGGUCAUCAGAAAAGGAGAAAGGUUGCGAUGGCCCAAAGGAAUAUACUUCCUCCUCCCUCAGUGCUGUAGGGUCUCAGUCCAAACAGACUGGUCCUCCAACCCGCAGGGCCCGUUUACCUAAACCCAAACCCAACCUGGGACGCACCGCCAGAGCCACCACACGCACUGCAUCCCAGGUACCAGAAAGCAGAAACUGCCCUGUAGCCCAGAUACCAGAUGUGGCUACCAGGCCCAGCUCUGAAGUCCAGAGACCAGUUACUGGACCCUGCGCUGAAGUCCAAACACCAGGGGAGGCUGAUGAGGUUCCCAUGGAAAUACAACAGAUUCACCAAGUCAUCCCCCUUACUGACAUCAUUGAUGUUACCCAGGAGGAAAUACAACCGAUUCACCAAGUCAUCCCCCUUACUGACAUCAUUGAUGCUACCCAGGAGGAUACAUCUCUUCUAACGGAGGGAAUCUUCUUCUCUCAACAAAGUGAUGCUCUCAUCACACAGCAUUCAGAAAGUUCUGGAUCAACUGUUCUGUUGGACCCGGCCCAGCCAGACCCUGAUGAGCCCAUCUUCAUCCUCUCCCUGACUGAAAUCCCUUUCUUCCCCACGGGGGAGGAGUAUGGCUGUACGUCCCAGACCCUCUCCGAGCCUCUCUCUUUUCUACCGGUCGCAGACACAUGCUCUCAACUGCAGCAGAGCAGUGAUAUUGUUGCUCCUGGAGGUGGUAUGGAGGAAGGGUGUGCUGGUAUCCUCUGUAAAGUCCCUGAGCCCAUGUCAGUGGAUGAGGUCCUCUCUCAACCCACAUACCCCAGUAUCAAGGAAGUGGAGUCUGGCUCCACAGCAGGCCCAGUAGAUGUGUGUGCCUCCAUGGCUGAUGCGGAGACUAGGGAGGACACAGAUCCUCCUUGUAAGAAGAGGAAAUUGCCAGAGAGAGCCAGGAGAGACAAACUGCAGGUGAGAGCUAACACAGCAGUAAGGAAACAGCCCAGUUGUUUGGCCCCAGCCAAGGAGUCUGUGUCAGCCUCCACCCCAGACCAUACCACCACCCCAGAAACGGACCACUCCACAUCCUCCACCCCAGACCAUACCACCACCAUCCCAGAGACGGACCACCCCACAGCCCCCAGCCCCCCAGCCCAGCAAGGUCCCUCCGUCACAGGAACAGCAUCAGGAGAGGUGGCGGCUGAGGAGCCACAGCAGGAGAUUGUGGGCCGUUUAGACCUCCCAGAGACAGAGGAGGACACACCCACUGGAGGGGACGAGAUGGAGGACAGUAGGUCAGGGGCGGAGUCUCGGGCUGCCCGUCAAAUGACACCGCUGGCUACAAGUGGCCCCUUGAGCAGGCCUGGUAGAAGACCCAGAGGAUUUCUUUCUUUCAUGUUCAAUAAGACCAGCACCCCUGCAGCUGCCCCCUCUGCCCCUCCUCGAGGGCACAGAGCAGCCCCUCAGAGGCCCCAGGUCAACACCACCCAGCCAGGGGGGAAACGGGCGGCGCCAGCCCCCUCCACCACCAGAACCAUGCCUGCCCUCUCAACCAGAAACACCACCACUAGAUCCACCAGAACCGUCACUGGGCCAGACAGUUCCCUCAGGGUGACCUGGGAACAGCCCUCUGAUGUCCAGGCCUUCCAUUCAGACCCAGAGCCCAGUACCUCCCAAUGUACUACAACUAAGAAGCCUUCUCAGGUGCCAGCCACCCAGCCAUGUGCGUCUCCCUGUGUAGACAGAUAUUCAGCAGACGAGGAACCCAUCAACGUGUCCCAGUACUUCUUCAGUGACAUCUUCACUGAGGUUGAGGAAAGUGAGGGAUGAGAGAAGGAGAAAGGAGGAGUAAGUGAAAGGAGAACAGGAAGGCACGCUCGGUUUGAAUCAAACUGGAUUUUUUUAUUUAUUUUUUAUCCUAGAAAGAUUGCACUUGAGAAAAAAAUGGUUUCUUUUAACAUAUGUUUGUGUAUGUAGCACUAAAAUGAUGUCUCUGCUUGUGGUUAUGCUGUUUCAUGCUUGCAGUGAAUAGAUUUGGCCACAAGAUGGCAACAGGGAAACCAAACAAGUGAACAUUUCUCUUCAAAUCAAUAAUUUUUGGUCCAAACUGGCACCUAGAAGCUUUGCCAAUUUCCCAUAUUGGACGAUUACAUUUUGGGCCCUUUCACCCAAAUCAUAUCUUCUAGCCUUUUGGGUAAUCUAUAUAUUCUAAUUUAUAUUUAUUUGGUUAUAUUUUUUCAAACCUCACUAAACUAGACAUUAAUGGUCAUUUUUCUCUGUCUGCAUACAGCAGAAUACUUGAAAUCAGUGUUAACUCACUCUUCUACAUCGUACAGUUUGGCAGUUUGCUCAGGGACUUUCACAUUCAGAUUUGUGUUCUUAUUUGAAGCAUUGUUUACUUUUAAAUCGGAAACCAUUGUCUUAAAAUGAGCAUUGUGUAUAUAUGUUUAUUUGAAUGUAGAUCAGAUAUACUGGAGGGGUUGUAUUCCCUGAGCAGUUACAGAACAAGACCCAGUUUGAGGGACAGCACAGUGAUGUCAACACUUGUUUCUUUAUUUCAUGCUACCUGAAGAUACAGACAUUUUACAUUUUAGUCAUUUAGCAGACGCUCUUAUCCAGAGCGACUUACAGUUAGGGAGUGCAUACAUUUUCAUACAGGAAAUAUAUUUUCAAAUGGCUCUGUACAGAAACCUCUCAUUUAAUACAUGUACAAGUGACAAACUCACAGAAACCGUGCACAGAUCAUGAGUCCAAUUUCAGUUCUCAAUGAUUUAUUAUGUUCUGCAGCCACUGUUCAAACUAAUGUAGCUGUUACGUAGCUCAUGUAAAAUAUGUGAAUAAAGUUUUAAAUGUUAA